AGGAGAAUGUCGCAGCAACACGUUGGGCCUCUCUCCUCUCUCUCGUGAAUUAAUAAAAAAGCUGCCUGGUGGUCAGAAUCUAUAAAUACACCAUAAGGAAAUGAACAGACAUUUUUAACACUUUCAGUAAUUAAUUGUUUCAGAUCUCUCUGUGCAUACACAAAUCCAUGCCCUAGAUCCAUGCCUUCCCUCUUCCCAGCUCCCCGAACCCCAGACGGCUAGAUCACUCCCAGUGAGUAAACUGUCAAUUACACCAAUUAUAUAGUGAUUUCAAGGUAUUAUGUGUCGAGCCCAUUUCAUUUUUCUUGCAGAUUUCACUGAUUUGUGGUUACAUGUUUUGAUUUUGAAUAAGCAAGUGAUGUGUUAGUUUCAUUUGUUCCAUGUGGUAAGAAAUUUGGUGGCGUGUGCCAGUAUGGGUUUGUUUGAGUUGAAUCUUGUAUUAAAUUUGUUUUCCUUCUUUGGAUUUUGAUUGUGGUGAAAAUGGAGAAGAAGAACUUUCUGGUUUUUGAGUGAGUUGGUUUCAAUUGCUAAAUAGUAUAUAUUGGUGUUGCUGAUGCAUGUAUGAGUUGGGGGAGUUGCAUCUUGGGAUGAAGUUGGUUUAGUGGUUGGGUUUGAUUGCAAUGGACUUGGAAGAAAAGGAGCUUGUGGAAAUGAAUGGUGCUAUGGGGGCGAAAAGAUUUGAUUUUGGGAGGUGGGUUUGAGUGUUUCUUUUUUUAUUAUUGUAGUUUUGAUGUAUAAUGGGUUCUGUUUGCUGUAAGCCCUCUGCCAUUGACGAUAUUAGGGAGAGUCCAAGGGAAAGGUUAUCGAGUAAAACCUCCUCGGAUUUGAGGGUGCCGCGGGCGGUUUCAUCAAGAAGAGAUGAAGGUUAUAGAGUAAAGGAUCGGUAUGACAGCAAUGAUGGGAGCGUAACGUUGAUUGAUAAGCAUGUGAAUGGUUCGGCUCCGUUACAUGGUGAUAAUCUUGAGAGAAGAAGGGAGAAGACUGAUUAUAUUGCUGCCUCGCACCAUCAUGUUAUGGGCAGCCUUCCAAAAGCUAACGAGGGGGAGCAGGUUGCAGCAGGGUGGCCCCCGUGGCUGGCUGCGGUUGCUGGUGAAGCUAUCAGAGGAUGGGUACCCAGACGGGCGGAUUCUUUCGAGAAGCUGGAUAAAAUUGGUCAGGGUACUUACAGCAAUGUUUAUCGUGCUCGCGAUCUUGAUCAAGGGAAAAUUGUUGCUUUGAAGAAAGUCAGGUUUGAUAACCUGGAGCCUGAGAGUGUUCGUUUCAUGGCAAGGGAAAUUCUCAUUUUACGUAGGCUUGGUCAUCCAAAUGUAAUAAAGUUGGAAGGUCUAGUUACGUCUAGGAUGUCUUGCAGUUUGUACCUUGUUUUUGAGUACAUGGAGCAUGAUCUAGCGGGGCUCGCAUCACACCCUGGUCUUAAGUUUACAGAAUCACAGGUCAAAUGUUACAUGCAGCAACUUAUACGUGGACUUGAUCAUUGUCAUAGUUGUGGUGUUCUACAUCGCGACAUUAAAGGUUCCAACCUUCUAAUUGACAACAAUGGCAUUUUGAAGAUUGCAGACUUUGGUCUGGCAAGCUUCUUUGAUCCUGGUCAAAGUCAGCCUCUGACGAGCCGUGUUGUGACACUCUGGUACCGGCCACCUGAGCUUCUACUUGGUGCCACAUAUUAUGAUACUGCUGUGGACUUAUGGAGUACUGGUUGCAUACUAGCUGAAUUAUAUGCUGGCAAGCCUAUCAUGCCCGGAAGAACAGAGGUCGAGCAGUUGCAUAAAAUUUUCAAGCUUUGUGGCUCUCCCUCUGAGGAGUUCUGGAAAAAAUCAAAGUUACCACAUGCAACCAUCUUCAAGCCUCAACAACCUUAUAGACGCUGUGUUGCAGAAACAUUUAAAGACUUCCCAGCCUCAGCAUUAGCGCUGAUGGAGACCCUGCUUAGUAUAGAUCCUGCUGAUCGUGGAUCUGCAGCAUCUGCUCUGAAGAGUGAGUUCUUUGCGACAAAGCCCCUUCCCUCUGAUCCUUCAAGCUUGCCAAGGUAUCCUCCCAGCAAAGAGUUUGAUGCAAAAUUCCGGGAUGAAGAGUCUAGAAGACAUGCAGCAGGCGGAAGCAAGGGUCACAGGUAUGACCUUGAAAAGUGUGGAACAAGAGAGUCCCGAGCCAUUCCAGCUCCUGAUGCCAAUGCCGAGUUAGUGUUAUCAAUGCAGAAAAGACAAGGCCAGCCCAAUUCCAAGAGCCGGAGUGAGAUGUUCAACCCUCAUCAGGAAGAAGUUGCUUCUGGCUUUCCAAUUGACCCACCCAGACCAUCCCAAGCCAUUGAAGAAGCAAGCAAUGAUUCCCAGGGGCAUCAUAAGAGAGCUUCUCAUUCUGGUCCAUUAGUUAACCGUGCUGCCUGGAUGAAGGCUGGAAAGAACAUGGAAGAUGUUCCAAAAAUGUCAACUGGGGCUGACUUAUCAACAAUGUCUGGUUUAGUGGCUGCAAGGAGGAGUUUGGUUUCCGAAGAUCGCAGGGAGAAGUCUGGUACUACACAACAUGAAGUUCCAAAACUAAUAGGCCGGUUUCCGGGAUCUUUCAAGGAGGCUUCAUAUUCCAUGGUAAAGCAGGAUCCAACGAAUCAGGCACUUGCAGACUCUCACCAAAAUGAGGAAGGAAGAACGACCAACAAAGAUCCAAUUCUUCUUGGUUAUGAAUCAAAGGCCAAGAAAAUUCAUUACUCUGGUCCGUUGCUAGUUCCAUCAGGCAAAGUGGAUAAGAUGCUGAAAGAUCAUGAUCGUCAGAUCCAAGAAGCUGCAAGACGAGCGCGCCUGGACAAGGCAAAAGUGAGAAAAGUUCAGGUUGAGGGAAGCCAGUUAUCAACCAAUUCAUUAUUUGUUUCCGGUCAUUGAGCUCUGGGUUUAAGCAGACUUGAUUGAAGGAGAAGAAAGGUCAUCACUAAAAUUUAUUGGCAAUUCUCUUGGAAAAAUGAGUUGUUUUGGAAGUGGGUUGGAUUUUGUAUAGGGCUGUUCCCACUAAAGAUGGCAAGGGGUUCGUUUUGUAGCUAAUCGUAGAGUUCAAUAGGCAAUCUCUCUCUCUCUCUCUCUCCAAUUGCAGUUCCUGAAAUGAGUCAUUCUUGUAGAGCUUAUCUAGAUUUGUUGUAAGCUAUACUGUAUCUUACAAAGCGUAGAUAUUGGUGAAUACCUGUAAUCACCCACAAAGCUCAGAUAUGGGUUGGGCACGGAGACACCAACAAGAGUCGAACUCAAGACUCCAGAUAUUGACAGUCAGACUUAAUAGGGUGGUCCUCAAAGUAAUCAUGAGUGGGCCCUCAAUCUAUUAAAAUAUUAAACUAUAUUCUCUACACAUGACGCGACAUUUUAGAAAUAGAUAACGUG